AUGAAUACAACACCAUCAUCCUCAUCCUCAUCAUCAUCAUCAUCACCAUCAUCAUCAUCAAUGAUCCAAAUAAAUAUUGUACCUGAUCCAGAAAAUGAUCAAUUAAUUCUUUAUGUUGAGAAUCCAACAAAUGGUAACAAUCGAAUAAUUAAAAUGGAUAUUGUGGAAGAUGAAUUAGAUCUAGAAUUAGACUGGGAAUAUGAAGAUGAAGAAGAUGAAGAAUUUGAAGAAGAAUAUGAUGAUGAUGAUGAUUAUGAUGAUGAUGAUAUGUUCGGUCAAAUACAACAGCCAGAUACUAAUGCAUAUGCGCCUGGUGGUUAA